GGGAUGCGCCACAACUCCAAGCUGGGUCGAGGCGCUCUUGAUGAGCGAGAAGGCGGCCUCAACUUCUUAUGCCAACAGCUCUAUGAUGGCGCGGAGAAGGAGCUCGCGCCGUUGUUCGAUUGCGAUGACUUGGGCAAGUACCAGGGCAGAGGACAGAAGGCCGUCUACCGUCGCAGCACAGUUGGCGGCGCGUUGGCUCAGAGGCAACCUGCUGGCACCACGCACUCGAGGGCGGUAAGAGCUGUGCAGCACCGACUCGAGGAUCUAGCUCGCAUCCUGCGCAAGCACGGUACAUUCCCGCCGCAGAGGCACUACAUGAUAUGGAGGCCGCUUUGGGAUGUUGCUGAACGGCGAGGUCGACUGCGCAGGUUGGCCAAGUCUCUGGAGCCCGAGCUCAUCCACGAGGUCACCUACUACCUGCUGUGCAUUUUCGCCCAGCCCUACAACUGCCACGUCGUCAUGCUGCGCGCGGUGGCGGCGUCUCUGUCUGCGCUGGCUGCCCGUGAGGAACGGCGACUAGGACAG